AGCAUUGAUUUUUCUCUACGCCUCUUGACUGGUCCCCGCUGCGCGCCACCGACAGACGUCAGCGUGCGCGCUCUUGGCAUGGCGUUGCGAGAGGAUCCUCAACACAGAGUUGAGUUUGCGCCUUCGUAGCCUGUAAUGUCCGGGGCUGGUCUUAUUCACUGCUAGUAGGGAUAACUUUUCUGGCAUGGGUCUGGAUUUCACGGGCCAUCCCAAGGAAUGCCAACACCGUCCCGUCGCCAUCGAACUUGCGAGCAGCGUCUAGGAGGCGUGAGUCGCGGAGUAGAAGCGCGUGUCCUUCAGAAAACAGACAGGCAGCUGUUGCAGUGAGGCAGUAGCAUGGAGGCAGGCGGCCGUGUCGCCACGGUUGCAGCUGCCGUAGCUCCGGCUCUGGCUCCAGCGACGGCUGCUCCGGUGCACCAGCAGGACUCCGCUGGUCGUCAUGACGCAGCUGAUGGGGAUCUGUUGCCCGGUCCCCUCCGCACAGAGGAGGAGGAGGAUGGGAGUCUCUACCAAAAUGACAGAACCGACAUGGAGGAUGCUGCUAUGCAGGCCAGCAGUGCUGAUGUCCCUGAGCCAGAGUCUCUGCACUCCUGUGUGAGCACAGCUAGCAUGAAGGUCAAAAACAUCAAAAAGCUGUCCUUCCCUAAAGGCCAUUUCCCCCGCCUGGCAGAAUGUGCUCAUUUCCACUAUGAGAAUGUGGACUUCGGCUCCGUCCAGUUAUCCCUGGCUGAGGAGCAGUGUGAACCUCCCAAUGUUGCUGCUGACUCUAAGGACCUGAUCUUCCUCGUGCAGAUCUGCUGUCAGGGCCUGAGCUGGCUUCUGAGGCGCUCCUAUGAGGACUUCCGUGUUCUGGACAAGCACCUCCACCUGUGCAUAUAUGACCGGCGCUUCUCACAGCUCUCCGAGCUGCCCCGCUACGAGCACCUCAAGGACAAGACUGAGACUCUUCCCCAGAUGUUGACGGCAUACCUCACCCGCCUGUCGGCCAUCGCUGACAAUAAGAUCAACUGCGGCCCGGCACUCACAUGGAUGGAGAUCGACAACAAGGGGAACCACCUGCUAGUGCACGACGAGUCCUCCAUCAACGUGCCUGCCAUCGCCGCCGCGCACGUCGUCAAGCGCUACAUCGCCCAGGCCGCCGACGAGCUGUCGUUUGAGGUUGGGGACAUUGUGUCUGUGAUUGACAUGCCUCCCAAAGAGGACACAGGCUGGUGGAGAGGGAAGCACGGAUUUCAGGUUGGCUUCUUCCCCUGCGACUGUGUGGAGCUGAUAAGUGAAAAAAUCCCUGCCUCUGUUACCACGGUGAUGACCAAACCAGUCUCUAAGAAGCACGGGAAGUUGAUCACAUUCCUGCGCAGCUUCAUGAAGUCGCGGCCCAGCAAGCAGAAACUCAAGCAGAGGGGCAUCUUUAGAGAGCGUGUGUUUGGGUGCGACCUAGGGGAGCAUCUUCUCAACUCUGCACACGAUGUUCCUCAGGUGAUCCAGAGCUGCACUGAGUUCAUUGAGAAGCAUGGGGUGGUGGACGGCAUCUACCGCCUGUCCGGCAUCGCCUCCAAUAUCCAGAAACUCAGGCAUGACUUUGACUCAGAGCACGUCCCGGACCUGACCAAGGACAUCUACAUUCAGGACAUCCACUCGGUGGGCUCGCUGUGCAAGCUCUACUUCCGAGAGCUGCCCAACCCCCUGCUCACCUACCAGCUCUACGAGAAAUUCUCCGAUGCGGUGUCUGCAGCCACGGACGAGGAGAGGCUGGUGAAGAUCCAUGACGUAAUCCAGCAGCUUCCUCCUCCGCACUACAGGACUCUGGAGUUCCUGAUGAGACACCUGGCCCGUCUGGCCGCGUUCAGCUACAUCACCAACAUGCACAGCAAGAACCUGGCCAUCGUCUGGGCCCCCAACCUGCUCCGGUCGAGGCAGAUUGAGUCGGCGUGUUUCAGUGGCACAUCGGCCUUCAUGGAGGUGCGGAUCCAGUCAGUGGUUGUGGAGUUCAUCCUGAACCAUGUGGAGGUCCUCUUCAGCCCCAAACUCAACUCCCUCAUCAGGGAGGGAUCAGGCCACGGCACGCUGGCGCGGCCCAAGUCUCUGCUGGUGUGCUCCCCGUCCACCAAGCUGCUGUCCCUGGAGGAGGCCCAGGCGCGCAUCUCCCCCAGCAGCCCCCACGGGCAGUACAUCGAGGUGGGCGAGGGGCCCAGUGCCCUGCAGGGCAAGUUCCACACCGUCAUCGACUUCCCCACCGACAGGAAGAAGGCUUCGGUGAAGUCGAAGAAGUCUCCGGUGGGCGGCUGGAGGAACUUCUUCCAUCUGGGCCGCUCGUCUUCCACAGCCGCCAAGCGCAAGCUGCACCGCCAUCCCAGCGAGCCUAACCAGAUCAAGACCAUGGCACUGCCAGGUGGACGAGGUGACUCCGGAACUCUCCGCUCUGCUAAAAGUGAAGAGUCUCUUUCUUCUCACAACUUUGAUGCAGGUGACUCGAAGCUGUCGCGUCCACGGCGACCACUGUCAAUCAGCGAGGCGCUGUCCACUUCCUUUAAUGAGGAGCUGCUGGAGAGCCACGCCCACUCCGCACACGCCCUGCCCGGCCCUGCCACCAAAAACACGUCCGCCACGUCCUGUGUGCCAGCGCUCAUCUCGCCCCCUCGUCAUGACGCCGACCUCCGACCCCUCACCUCUGGCCUGGGCUGUCUGGACUUUGACCCCAUGGCCUUCCAGUGCAGCGGGCCGCCAGCUGACCCCGCGCGGCCCGAGGGUAGGAAGCAGGGCAGUAAGCGGGGCAGAAGUCAUGGCAACGGGGCGACCGACGCUCAGCCGAGCGUCUCACCCUCGGACAACCCCUCGGCCGCUGCCGUGGCGACGGUCAUCUCGCUGCGCUCGCCGACCGGCAGCCCUGCGCCUGCACCGCUGCGUCUGGAGGAGGAGCUGAGGGAGCACGGCGCCGUGGCCGUCCCGGACUCGGUGUCUUCCACGCCCCUGACGUCUUCCCCCUCCAUGAGGAGCGAGCCCCUGCCCAGCGAGGGCAGCGCCGGGCCCAACAGAGCUGGGUCCAAACGCAGCGGGUCCUGCAGCGCCGACUGCAGAGCGGCAGCCAUGGAACCCAAACAGAACCGACCCGACCCAGGCUCCCUGACACUGGACUGCAGUCCUGGGCUGGUGAGUACCGACUCUCUGAUCUCCCCUCAGCCUCCGGGGAAGAACGCUGCCCGCAUGCUGGCCCUGGCGCUGGCCGAGUCUGCCCAGCAGGUGGCGCUCCACUCCCAGAGAGCAGGAGCGCCCCCUCAACAGCCCCCUCCACAGCCCCAGAGCCCCUCGUCCCCCAGCCCCAAGCUGCCCCUCCUCAGCCCUGUCGGCCCCUACUCGCCCCCCCAGGGCAACACGCCCUCAUCUGACCCCAGCGAGCCGCCCCCCUCACACACCUCCCGCUCCGCCAGAGCCGGCGUGGCUGACGGUGGGGCUCCGAGAGCGCCGGGCGGGCCGAACGUGGGUCAUGAGAGGACAGCGAGCGCGGUGAAGGCUGUCCGCGUGUGCGGUGCCUGUGGUGGCGAGGAGAGAGAGCCGGGCCCUAGAGGAGCGCCCCCUGUUCCCCGACUGUGCCACUGCAUCCCCUGCUGCCCAGGAGAGACCCCUAGCGGGCACGGCCAGCCUGGCACAGGAGCCGCAGCAGCCCCAAACCCCUCCACCCUCCUCAUCACCACCCUCAACACCACCCUCAACACCACCCUCAACAACACCCUCAACACCACCCUCAACACCAUCCCCAACACCAUCCCCAACACCAUCCCCAACACCACCCUCAACCCCAUCCCCAACACCACCCUCAACCCCAUCCCCAACCCACCAACCCCCUGUGCCCCCACCCACCCCAAGACGUGGCUGAGAGUCAGCCUAGCCACCGCUGCCCUCCAGAACCAGAACCGCGAGGCGGUGAACGCCUCCAACUUCCGCACGGUGCUGGCGGAGGCCUCGGCGCCGGCGUCGGUCAAAGAGGCGUUCCCCCACCCCUCUCUCCGCUCCCCCGGCUCCUCCUACCCCCUGAGCCCCGAGGAGGACCCCUACGGGCAAACGCGCCCCGGACGCCACCGCAGGUGCCCCCCGCCCUUCCCCACCCAGCCCGAGAGCCUGCCGCCGCACCUCGGGGGGCUGAAGGUGCACCCUAAGGCGUCGUACGAGAGCCACUACGGAACGCUUGGCCCCCGCUCCCUCCACCAGUCCAUCAAGUACAAGGAGCACUACCGGGACGAGCACCCGUCCACCACGCACUUCCGCCGCUCGGGGCAGUGGUACGCCCCGUUGGAGGGGGCGCUGGUGUACCCCACCAUCCGCCGGGUGCGCUCGCUGCACGCGCCGCCUGAGGACCGGCCCUUCUUCUUCCAGAGCAAUCCGUACCCCUCGCGGAAGGGCCACGCCGAGAUCCACCAGGUGCAGCCCUACUUUGAGAACGGCAAGGUGCAGUAUCGGUACAACCCGUACUCGGACUCGCCCUACGUGACCCGGACGGUCACAGGGGGCGCCAGUACAGCCACAGCCACGCCUACACUCUCCGCCGCGUGCCCCCUCCCGCGUCCGCACCUGCGCCCCCGUCGAAGACGGGCUGUGCCCCGCGAGGGGGCUACCCCAACCCGCUUAGCCACGUCAUCCCAGAGAAGGACUACAGCUUCCAGAGCCACGAGGGCUGCUACUUCCCCCGAGUGGACGACGCCUCGUUGCCGUCCGAUCUGGACCUCGGAGCCGCCCGACAGGCACUUCCACCAGGUGACACUGCGGAGGGACAGCAGGACCAAGAGAAAGCCGCACGGCGGCCCGUCUGCCCAGCAGCAGCAGCAGUACUUGGGGGUGAGUCCGGUGCGCCCCAGGCCCGAGGCCAGCCGGCGGGAAAGCAGGCACGUGAGGCAUCGCUCGGACUCCGGGAGGGACCUGCUCAUAUCCACGGAGGAGCCUGGUGGUCAUUUUAAAGUCACCAUGGUAUCCCAGAGUUCCCCAGAGCAGCUGUUCUCCGAGGGCGAGUCGUCCCACCCGGAGCAGCGGCGGAAGGCCGAGCUGGGAGCCAGGGAGGCACUGAUGCUCAAGCAGAACAGCGCCCCCUACAGGAACAUGCCACAGGAGAGCCGCCCUUUGCCCCCCCACCUCUCCCUUCACAAGGAGUACAGCUGCCCCGACUUCAAGCACACCGAUGGUGGAGGCGGCGGUCAUGCUCGAGAGCCGGAGCGUGCUCUUUACCGGACUCUGAGUAGCCGCUACCCGGAGGAGGAGUUCUACUACCCCCGUGCGGGGGCCCGCGGGGCCGUGAGACCGGAGCGCUCGCAGAGCAUCAAAGGACACCUGCCCCCUGAGCGCGAAGUACGCGACCGCGCCAAGAUGGAGGCCGAGCCCUGGGCCGCCCACUACCACCAGCCCAAGGUGCGCAGCCACAGCUUUGUGGCGCCCCGUUACGACACCAUGGAGGGCUAUGUGCCCAUCCCCUCGGCCCAGCCACGCACCCCCAAACCCAGCCCCUUCCCCACCCACGGUUGCAUGCCCCCCAGCAGCCACAGACUAUACUCCACCGCCCUGGGCCAGGGGGGGUUUCUCCAGGGGCAGCCUCGACCAGAGGCAGAGGUCUACGUGGAGUGAUCCAGGGAGGAGGGGCUUAUGGGACAGGACCUUGAAGGGUG